AGGGGCCGCGCCACUGCGCCCAGUCCCCUCCCGAGGCAACGCCAGGGUCCCGGCUCCCCAUCCCCCAGCGCAGGCGGGUGCCCCCUGCCGCCCCCGGACCGCGCGGAAAUUCCUGCCAGAAUUCAGCGCAGCCCUGUCCACUUCCUCUGUGCCAUGGAAAAGCGAGAUGGGCAGGGAGCUGAGUCCUGUCAUCCAAGACCACCCAACCACUGCAGCAGCAGGCCCUCAGGGAGUAGAAGGGUGCACCCUUUUGUCAGCUGAAAUAAUGUGGAAAUGAUAUAAUCGUCCUGAAGUUUAAUAUGGCAUGUAAGAAAUCAUCUCCAUUAGCUGAGGAGCAAUCUUCCACCGAAAUAGAUGAUCUUCAUAUUUCACUGCAAGUGGAGCAGGAAUAUAUCCAGAAGAAAACCUUCACUAGCUGGAUAAAUUUACAGUUGGCAAAGCAUACUCCUCCUUCCGUUAUCUCAGAUCUAUAUACAGACGUCAAAGAAGGUCGUGUGCUCUUGGACCUGCUGGAAGUACUUUCUGGUCAACAACUGCCACGGGAGAAAGGAUGUAACACCUUCCAGUGCAGAAGCAAUAUAGAAAAUGCCUUGAAAUUUGUAAAGAACAAAUCAAUCAAGCUCAUAAAUAUUCAUGUUGCUGACAUUAUUGAAGGAAAACCUUCCAUUGUGCUUGGCCUAAUUUGGACAAUUAUAUUACAUUUUCAUAUUGAAGAACUUGCGUGGACCCUUGGUAAUAGUUAUAAUCAGCCAUCUCUUGAUUGUUCGAGCGUUGUUGACUCAUCUGUAAGCCCACAGGCAAGAAAAAGAGGUAAAGUUAAGAAACGGUGGAAGAUGUCUGCAAAAAAGGCCCUCCUGUUGUGGGUGAAGGAGCAAUGUUCUGUGCAUGGAUCUAUCAAAGUGGCAGAUUUCAAAUCAAGCUGGAGGAAUGGACUGGCUUUUUUAGCUAUCAUCCAUGCCUUAAGACCAGAUUUAGUUGACAUGGACAGAGCAAAGGGUAGAGCCAACAAAGAAAAUUUGAAGGAGGCUUUUAAAAUUGCAGAACAUGAAUUAAAUAUUCCAAGACUUCUUGAACCUGAAGAUGUCGAUGUUAUCAAUCCAGAUGAAAAAUCUAUCAUGACUUAUGUGGCUCAGUUUCUGCAGUAUUCCAGAAGUUUACCAGUGGCUGAAGAAGACAUGCAGGGGAAAGUAAAAGAGGCCUUGAGCUGGCUGACUGCACAAGAGAAGAAGUUAACAAAGUUGUUGGUUGAUACAGAAAAUGAAACAUACUCUAGAAAAUUUCAAGAAAUGCUGGCAUUCAUGGAAUUGUUUAAUGAAGAGAAAAGACCCUUUCUGCCAGUGUUGUCUUCAAAAAGAAGUGUGCCUGAGCUAAAUGAAGAGCAGAAACAGAUGAAAGCAGCAUGGAAUAACCUAACCUCCCAGAUUAAUGAAUGGAAAACAAAGCUGGACCGUGCACUACCUCCACCUCUAGACAGCAUCGAGGUCUGGCUCCAAGAGGUAGAACAUCUGCUGGCAGAAGGUUUACCCGAUUUGCAGGACCACUGUAAAGCAAUGGGCCUCUUCAAAGAAAAAAUUAUCUUAUUUAAGGGCUUGAUGGAUUAUUUUGACUGUCACUUGGUCAGCCUUCAAUCCUUUGAGAAUAAAGAUGAGAAGGAUAUGCCACUGGUACCAACUGAGAAGCUAGAUGACAUGAAAAGAAGAUUCGGCAAUAUCCAGUCUACAAACUUCAGCAUACUUCUAGAAUACCACUGCUGCCUGUGCUCAGCUAUCUUGGAUGAAGUGACAUUAAAGUUAAAUAUCAGGGAUAUCAAAUAUGGGACUAAGGAAUCUGUGGAGUUACUGCUGAGAGAUUGGCAUGAUUUUAUUGAAGAAAGAGGAGUCACAGCUCAACUAGAAACUGCUUUUCAAAUAUGUGAAGACAUGAAAAACAAGAACAUAAGCACGAAUGUCUUAGUUGGUGAUCCUCCGGACACUUGUAAACUGUUUAAGAUGGUAGACUCUAAGAUUUCUAUGUGCAGAGAAUAUAUUUACAAUGUAAACACUGUCCUGCAAAAAGUUCUAUGUUCUUGGGCUACUUACAUGGAGAACAUUCAUUUACUGAAAACAUGGUUGGACGAAACACGAAAAGGACAUCCUAAAAAGGUCCCCACUGAGAUUCUGGCAGACUGGAACUCAGUCCAUGGUUCCUUAAAUGAAGCUGGAAACUUCUUAAUUGAAGUCAGCAAUGAGCAAGUGGGAUCAGAUAUUUCUAAAGAACUGAAAAAACUGAACACAAGAUGGGCUAAAUUUAUAAAGAGAACACAGUUUGAGAUGAGAUUACUGAGAAUGCAAGAAGAGCAAAAGAAGUCAGUUGUUGACAGUAAUGGAAAUUCUCAGAGUCCUGCUGAGGCAGUGCCAAAUGCACUCAGUGUUACAGCAGAUAUAUCAACGGAGGCUAGUAAGAAACACAUUCAGAAUGCAGAGCUUAGAGAAAAGAAUGCAGAUGUAACUGAACAGGCCACUGAGCUUCUGCCCAGAGUGGAGAAAAUUGAAGAGCUUCUCAAAGGAGUAGAAAACUGGGCCACAGAAACAGAAUGCCUUUUUGAGACGAUCAAACAUGAAGGAUGCGUGCGAAGCUCAACAGAACAAUCUUUACAGAUCCUAAUUGCCAGAAGGACCUUGUGCCAAGAACAAGUUGCUGCAGCAGAAGAAAUCUUGCAAGUUUUGACACGUAAUGUUUCAACCCAGGUGUCCCUCCCGGAUUUUGAGACAGCUGGGCUACAGACACGAAUUAAAGAAGUCAGAGAGAGACUCCAGGCUGCCAUGAAUAACCUAGACCUUGUCUCACCCAAAUCUGAAGAGACUCUGUCAAAAAAGGAGGUCAUGAUCCAUUUUGAAAAAUCCCAGAAGGAGCUUGAAACAUCUAUUUUAAAAGCUAUGCAACUUAUUAGCCAAAAAGUGAGCCCUGAUGAGCACAUUUCAAAAAACGAGGAAGCUUUUAGCAUUUUGGACACCAGAAUUCUUGAACAUUUUUUGAAAGCAGCUGAACAGUUGAAAAAUAUUUCACCAGCUCAUGAAAAGUUAGCAGUGGAGGAAAGAUGCAAAGAUGUUCGUGAAAGAUGGGAGGCAGUUCAUCGUGAAAUCAUGUCAUGUAUUCAGUUCAUAAUGGAAAUUGAAAUAGGGAAAUUUAAUGCAACUUUUUCAAAACUCACUAAGCAAAUAAUUAAAGAGAAGAAACUCCUUAGCGUGGGUAAAACCAAGGGACUUAUAAAAGAACACGAGGCUUUUUUUUCUUCUGAAGGCAGCCUGAGGGAACUAAACAACUGCCUACAAGUUCUUAAAGCAAUGUGCGAAAGAUUGACUGCAGAAGAAACUCACCCAGAAACUAAGACACUGGUUGCAGAGUGUGAACAAAAGCAAGAAGAACUUCAAAAAUGUGCUGCAGAUGUUUACGUAACUCUGCUGUCCCACGUUGGAGGUGGCCAGGCAUCUAAACAAGGGGGCUCUAUAUUUGCUCCUGAGAAUGGAGAAAAGGAAACAUCUUCCCAAUCAGUUGAUAUACUUUCAACUCAGGAGGCAUCAGGACCAGCUUCAGAUGUAAUUUUGGAAUCAGACGUGAAACAACAGAAUGGUGAAAGCUGUCCAAAGAAGUUUGACAAAGACAGUGAUUUGCCUUUAGAGACUUUAUUAGAGAGCUUUGAUACACAGAGGAGUAAUCUCGAACUUCAUUUACAAAGAAUCAAAGAUGAAGUAGAGUCUCCUUUUACUGAUGAAAUAAAAGACACCUCAUGCCUUCAGAAUAAGCUGCUAGAUCUACAGAUCAUAGAGAGUAAAGCUAAUUCUUGUUGGACACAGUUUGAAAUUAUUGCAUCUAAACUAGAAAAUCUUAUGGAUGACACAGGGAAGCCUGUUAUCUCUGAAACACAAAACAGACUUAACAGAGAGUGGAGUGAACAUCAGAUUAUUCUAAAUGCCAGAAUGAAGUCUUUAAAGAUUGCUUUGGAAGUUGUUUCGCCGAUAGAAAAUGAAUUCAUUCUUCUAUGUGACUCAAACGAGCAACUCCACAGAAAGGACAUUCAGCAAUUUACUCUGACAAAUAUUGAUCUCAUUUAUGGAGAACUGAAGAAGGUCCAGAGCUGUAUAGUAGAUCAGAUUGAAUUAUGCAAACAACUCGAAAACCUACACAGCUCAACAGGAGAUGAAUUUAACCUAAUAGAUUUGCAAGCAGCACGCGAGAUUAUGCUUAAAUAUAAAAGGCAGUUUGAAGAAAUGAAUCAUAAAAUGCAGGCCAGGGAAAUGGUCCUCAAAGAACUAGAAGCUUUUUUGGCCUCAUUGAGAACAGUUAAACUUUCUAUUGAGCAUGCAACGGACUCUUCAAUGUCUGACAAACCUGCGGUGCAAGGAAACACAUCAAAAGCAGCUGUUCAGCGAGAAGUUUCUCUGAUGAAGGAAAAGGCUAAAUGUUUGGAUGAGCGCUUGCAGAUGGUUGAUAUCUACUUGGAAGAUGCUGAAUGUGGGGGAAAGACUUGCUGUGAAAAACUCAUUGCGGCUUUAUCAGAAAAGGCAAACAAGGCUUUUGCCCAUCUCAGUAAGCAGGAGCUCAUCCAAGAAAAUGAGUUACAGGAGAUUUUUUCCACAAGGAAUAAUGAACUCUUAAAAAAUAUUCAAGAUUUACACGAUAAGAUUAAUAAAAUAGGCUUGAAGGACCCAACAAUUCCUGCUGUUCAACAAAGGAUAAAAUCAUUAACUGAAUUGGAACAGGAAUUGAGUUGCUAUGCUAUAGAAAUGAAAUCCAUACGAGAAAUUGCUAACAAGUUUCUACAGAUUGAAGAGACAAAAGGAGAAGAAGCAGAUGAACAGUGCACAGUUACAGAAAGGUUGUGGGAGGAUACAAAACUGUCACUUGCUGAAUGCCAGGAGCAGUGUGUGAGGGUGGUGGAGCUCCUGAAGCAGUAUCAAAGCUGCAAAAAUAGUCUGACGAACAUGAUCCAGAAACAAGAGAGUGUCCUCUCACAGCAGACUUCUUACAUGGGGAAAGACAAUCUGCAGAGGAUGAUAGCAAAGAUUGAAGCAGUUAAAGAAGAAUUUAACGAUCACUCUGAAGAUGUAGACAAAAUAAAUCAGAUCUGCAAAAACCUCCACUUCCAGAUCAAUAAAAUGAGAAGCUUCGAGGAGCCUCCCUUUCAGAAUGAGGCUGACAUUAUUGUGGACAGAUGGCUGGAUAUCAAUGAAAAAACUGAAAACUAUUGUAAUAAUUUGGGAAGAGCUCUGGCUUUGUGGGACAAACUUCUUAAUUUAUUCAGCAAGACUGACACAUGGGCAAAUACACAGCUUAGGAGCAUAGAAGAACAUGAGCUGACUGAAGAGGAGGUGACACAGUUGAAGUCUUCUUUACAGGUCCAAGAGCAAAGCUUAGAGGAAUUUGACCGAAAAGUGGCUGAGAUAGAGCAUCUUCUUCAUAACAGUGAGCCUCCCUUGGAAUUACAGGUCAUCAAAUCAUCUGUUGAGAACAAAAUGGAGCUAAUAAGAAAGCACUUACCGAAUAAGAUGAGACCCAGUGAACUCAAUGGCAAUUCAGCAGAGCUAAAAGGGGACCUUGACCUUGCCAAGACACAGAUUGGGAUGACAGAAUCACUUUUAAAAGCUUUAUUUCCCUCUGACACUUUAGAGAUCUUUACGAAAUUAGAGGAGCUACAUCAGAAAAUUCUCCAACAGAAAUACCAUGUGAAAUUACUCCAAAAAAAGACAGGUUGUCUGACUCCAGAAGUGGCUGAAUUAAAGAAGCAGCUUCAGUGUAUCACUGAUUUAUUUAAUACAAAGAAACACGUUUUCCAGGAUCAUUUUAUCAGUCUUUUGAACUAUCAGUGUAAGGAUUUUAAUGACUGGUUCAGCAGCGCUCAGCUGUCUUUAAAGGAUUGUUUUGACCCAUCAGAAACAAAACAGACAUUGGAAGAAAAAUUGCAGAAGCUCAUGAGUUUCCUAACUUUUGAAGGCAAAGAGAGUGACAUCCAAGAGGUAAAAUCUCUCUUGAGUAAGGUGAAGAGUUAUUUGCCUGAAGCAAGUGUUAACCAGCUUAGUAACUGGGUGAGAGAUCAAGAAGCAGAAUUACAAAGCAUAACCUCCAAAUGUCAAAAACAAGAAAAGAAACUUCGUGCUUCUCUGCAGCAACUCAUUAGACUUCAAGAAGACAGCAGUGGCUUGAAGGAAUGGCUCACCGUUCAGGAAGAAAAAUUGCCAGAGACCAAAAAUGAGAAGAUAAAAUUAGAAAACUUUUACCAAAUGCUAAUAAAGCAGAGAGAAUCAUUUGACUCCUUAUCUCAGCUGGCAAAUUCUUUGAGGGAAUCUGGGUUUACAAGAGAUGAAACAGUGUCCGAAUCCAGUCAUCUCAUUAGUCGGUAUCAGGAACUACAGACACAGAUAAGUGAAGCACUAGGAAUUAGUCAGACACGGUCCAUGGAAGGGCAGAAUUUUGAAGCGCUUGCACAGAACAUGUCUUCUUGGAUAAAAAGACUUAAAGAAUCAGUUAUUGGCUUGAGUUCACGGCAAGGCGAGUUGCCACUGGAAGAAAGGAUACAUCAGAUAAAGGAAAUAGUUUUUCUCAAAGAUAAGGGAGAUGCUAAAAUGCAAAACAUCAGAGCGCUGGGCAAAAUCUUAAGUACUGAAGGAGUGAAGGACCCCGCCAUUCAACAGACUAUUUCUGAUCUCCAGAAUCAAUGGGAGUACACUGUUCAUUUAACCACCGAAUCUCUAAGCCACCAAGAACAGAUUCAACUUCAAAGCAAACAAUACAUGCAAAGCAAAGAAGAUUUGAGAUUAGUGCUGACUGAACUGAAGAAGCUGCAGCAGGAAUUAGGUUUUGAUGUUCAGGCUGGUUUGCAGGAGAAACAAACUCAGUUAACAAGUUAUAUAAAACUCCUGCAGAAAGCAGAAGGUUUAAUGUUCCUAUUAAAUGAAUUAAAAAGCCAAGGAGAUUAUCUAUGGGAUUGCAUUGAGGAUUCCUGCUUCAUGGAAGAAUCACGGAUAGAACUAAAAUAUCUGCAUGAAAGUCUGCUCAGCCAGUUGCAGAACUCCGUGCAGGCACUGGAAGGUCAUGGUCAAGAACGCCAUGGGUUCCAGGAUACAUUGGCAGCCUUGAGUAGCACACUGAAGAGACUAUCAGCGGAGCUUUGUCAUUGUACUGAUACCUCAAUGGAAAAGCCAGCAGCUGAGAAACAGCAGCAGUUGAAAUUGCAGGAACAGGCACCUCUUAGUCAAUGUGAAGACACAUUAAAGAAGAUUUUGGCUUUAGCAGAAUCUGUUGAACAGAACACCUCUUCAGCAGAACAGAAGAUUACUAAGGAUGAAAUGGAAACAUUUCAGUGUAAACACAGGAAUUUGAAGGACAGACUUAAAAAUAUCAAGCAAGAGGGUGAGAAUGUUCUGAGUAACACCCCUGAGUCAAAGUAUGCGUUUGCUGAUGAAAUAAAGAUGCAGGAUAAGGCAGAUACAAUGAUAAAGAGAGAGAAGCAGGUCGUUUCUGAUAUUCCCACUGCUGUUGAAGAGAACAGCAGAACAGAAGAGCUGGAAGAAUGCUGGAAACUAAAUAACGGUCAACGUUUAAAUGGAAAUGUAGCAGAGAAAGAACAACAAAAUAAUCUACAUUCUGAAGAAAGCAGAUUAUUGGCAGACUGUCCUCUAAAAGAUUCACAUCAAAGCAAGAACACGCAAGAGCAAAGAGCUCAGGAUUCAAAUGUGGAAAUGGUUUUCCAGAAACAGAUUCUUCCUGAAGCCCAAGCAAAUGCUGAAUAUAUUGGUGAGGAACAAAAGGUCGCUGAGCUGAAAAAUCAAACUGCAGAAUUGGAUGUUGUGUUACUAAAUGAGCAACUAAAAGAGAUAGAGAAUUUAUAUGCUGAACUGGAAAAACAGAGAGCCACAGCUUUGUCUCUGAGGCAAGAGUUGUCACCCAACACAACAGAAAUAAACACAUCAAACCUGCAAAGUACAGAAUAUAUGGUUUUUUGCUGGGACAGGUUGCUUCAAGAAUUGGAAGCCAUUAAGAAGGUUAAGCAACACCAUUAUCAUCUAGUUAAUGAUUACCAGGAAAAUCUGUCUGCUGUUCAGUCUUCAAUGAAAAGUUUAUCAACAGAAAAAGAAAACAUAAAAACGGGCGCUAUGAGCAACACAGUUCUGGAGAAAAUUAAAAAAUGUAUGGAUUCAGUACAGAAGGAGAGAGACAUUUUAAACAAGCUGAAAACUGAACAAGAUAAAUUAUCUAGGUAUCUGACAUGCAUAGAUAAGGAAUUAACAGAAAGCCAAGUGAAACAACUUGAUCGAUGGUGGGAACACAUAGAGCAAUCAGUGCAAAAGAAACAUUAUCAACUUGUGUCAGAAAUUGACGAAUUUAACUUUCUCAUGAACAAAGCACAGGACAUUCAAAAAUUGAUAGAGCACCAGCAGCAUUUACAAGCUGGCUUGAGUUCCCCAGAUGGACAAAAAACCGGUUGUCCAGUAUUUUGGACCUCAGAGCUACAAGCCAUUAAACACAAUGUUUCUUUGUUAAAAAGAAGAACUGAGCUGCAGAUGAAAAGGAUUUGGAGUGAGGAAGAAAAGAAAACUUUGGAAAAUUCAAUAAAUGAUUUGCAGAAUCAGUUGGAAGUACUGGAGCACCAAACUCCUCAGGAGGAUGUUCAGAUCCUUAGUUCUGAUCCCAAGAAAUAUGAAAUCACAAGAAGGAUGAAAGAGAAUAUAUCAUGGGUCAAAGAUUCAUUGUUUUCUCUCGAUGAGAAGGCAGCACUUUUCCCAGAUGAUAUUAAAAUACAGAUCAGAAAUUGCAAGGCUGUGAACAGUGCAGCUGUAGACAAAGAGUCUACUAUUGUGUCACUGGCUGAUGAGACCAAGUGUAUCAGUCCUGAUUUGAAUCCAGAGGAAGUUACUGACCUGAGUGCCCUUUUACAAGAAUUACAGAAUUCAUACCAAGCACUUGUUUUAAAAUCAGCUCAAAGAUUACAACAGCUAGAGUUCCAACUGGAAAAAAGGCAGAGGCUUAUUGCAGACAUAGAAAGGGUUCACAGACAGCUUCAAAGUGCUGAGACACUGACCAUUCCUGACAUAAAUCAAACAAUCACAUGCUCUGAGCUAGGCAAUUUACAUGUCAUUUUAAAGGAGCUUUCAAAGGAAAUACAGGAGAUGGAAGGUCUCAUCUCAUCACAUCUCCAAGAGAGUGAGCACUCGCAUGGGGAGCUAAACAUAUUCGAACAAUUAUUUGUAACUGACCAAUUAAAAUGCCUUAAGAAUAGAGCUAGGAAAAUACAGAAAUUAAUCCAGAAUAAAUGCCAAACCGUGGGAAAAAAGAUAGCUGUCUACACAGAUUUCUCUGAAAGAAUAACUUCAUUGCAUCAGGAGCUUAAUGAUCUAUGGUGUGAUGUAUUGAAACUGGAGAGAGAGGAAGUAUUAAGUGUAAAAGAGGAAGUUAAGGAUAAACUCAAUGUGCUUAAAGAGAGAACCUUAGCUGUUCAAUCUAGUUUGUUACAAAUAACAAAGUACAAGGAAAUAUUUGACUUUAUAAGGCUAAAUUGGGACACUUCACGCCAUGAUGAAUUGCAAACUCUAUUUCUUGAAAUUAAAAAUAAACUUGAAGGGAAGAUUAAAUGCUUUGACAACUUUGUUAUAGAAUAUGACAGGCAUCAAACAUUGCUAAAUGAAAUCCAGGCCAUGACAUCCAGUAUAAAGAAUGAAGCUGACAUACUAACAAAUAGCCCUGGCUCUUCCAUAGAAACCAAUAUUAUAUCAGCACAAAUUUUGUGCCACAGAGUUCAACAAAUCAGGCACUUAAUCCAGGAGGCAGUAGAUCAAUUAAAUAUAAAUGAAGUCUUUGAUGUAUCACUCAAAGAGGCUAAGACACAGCAGAUAAAGAGACUGGAGGAAGAUAUUGAUGGGUUGCAUCAAUUUUUCCAAAACAUGAUAGUGGAUCUUCAGGCAGAGUGUGUAAAUAAACAAGAUUUCCAGAGCAAAUUGGAACACACAUUACAUACCAUAAAGCAGAUUAAAUCUGAGUUUCAGCAGCCUCUUCUGGUGGACUUGGAAAUGAAAAAAAUUCAGUAUGAAAAGAUGCAUUGUGAAGCAAUGCAAGACAGGGUGCAAGCAGAAUUUUGUGCCCUGAAAGAUCUAAUGGGUAAAGAGAAAGAAAAGCAAGAAGAAAAAUCUUAUUUUAUUGCUGGUACAGAAGUGAAAUUAGAUGAACUGGAAGAUCUUGAAAUACAGCUGAGGACAGAUAUUGCUUCCCGUGUAAAUGCCAUAGAUGAAGCUCAUGAGAAUGUUAAGCUUUAUACCAAAGCCGUCCAAAGGGCUGUGGAUCUCCUCGCUGAAUAUGAAGCCAGAAUUCUCUCAGCAAAAGUUGACCUUGGUAGCCUAGAAGAGUCCUGCCAAAUUCUACAUUGGAAACCAGAAGAAUUUGAAUCUGCAAAGGCCGACAUAGAAGAUCUGACCUCCAAACUGGAAAACGUAAUUAAACCAAGAGCCAAACCACAACUGAAAAAUACUUUAAGUGAGCUAGUCACUAAGAAUUCAGUACUGAGGGAGAAGGCGCAAAGAAAGAGAACUGAUCUGCAGAGGCGCUUUGAAAAAUACAAAAGCUACACAAAAAUCAAAGAGAAGGUAUGUGCUAAUCUUAAUGAACUGGAAAAGAUUCUUGGACAAUCUUUGUCCCAAAUUCCAAAGUCUUACAAGGAAGCUCUGGAGCACUUGGAACAAAGCAAGGUUUUGGUCUCUAACCUUCUUUCGGCUGAAGAGGAUCUAAUGGCGUUGAGACGGGACUUGAGAGACCUGAGCAUGAUGUGCAAAGGAAGUGACUGCACGCUUCUCAGGAUUGUGUCAGCACUGUGGGGAAAGUGGCUUGGUUUGCUCGAGGCUGCAAAAGAAUGGGAGAUUAACUGUGAGGAGCUAAAACAGGAAUGGAAAUUUGUCAAUGAAGAAGUGGAACGGCAAGCAAUAAUUCUAGAUAAUCUUCAGGAAGAACUACCGGAAAGUCCUAAAGAGAAAGAGAAGGCCUCCACAGAUGCACUUUUAGAGUUGCUAGAAUAUGUGGACUGUUACGAGGAAAACAUGGACAGAGAGCAAUUGUUAUUGCUUUUACUACUUCAUCGUAUAAGAAGCAUCCUGAAUGUGCCUGAAAGCACUGAGAGAAAAGCAGACGUUCCCAUUCGAUACGAGAUACAUGCAAUGCAAGAGCGAUGUAAAAUGCUAUCGCAAAAGGCUCAAAAACAUAAAAAAUCUGUGCAGGCUGAGAUUCAGGAAAGAGACAAGAUUAAUGAAGAGAUAAAUGCUGUGAGGAGUUCAUUACAAAAGGCCUCAUAUUUGUUGCGUGAUGGAGAGUCACAAGAGUCUACUGAAAAGGCAGCACAGUUGGAGGAGAUUCAGAGUAUAAUUAACCAAGCGAAUCAAACUAUUAAGGAUAUUAUGGAGAAACUACGAAUCAAGUAUUCAGAAAUGUAUACAAUAGUUCCUGCAGAUAUUGAAACACAGUUGGAAGACUGCAAGAAAACAUUACAAGACAUAGAAGAGAAGGUUAGCACCAAAAUCUUGCAGAGCUCUCCUCAUUAUGUGAUGAAUAAAAAAGUAGAGAAUAUUAACAAUGGCCUGCAAGCUGUUGAAAAGAUGUUACAACACAAGAGUGAAAACAUUGCAAAUGCCAAGGAAAUUCAAAAGACAAUUUGGGAUGUGCUAGACCUUUGGCAUUACAAACUGAAUGAACUGGACUCAGAAGUGCAGGAUAUAGCAGAACAGGAUCCAUGUCACGCACAGGAAUGGAUGGACAGCUUAAUGAUUCCUUUGCAGCAAUACCAGCAGGUCUCACAACGUGCUGAGCGCAGAACCACACUCUUAAACAAGGCUACUAGUAAGAUGGAGGAAUAUGAGGAACUCUUGAAGAGCAUGCAGUUAUGGAUAGAAACCACCAAUCGUUUGUUAACUGUGGAGGCUGAAAAUGACUCUGCAAAAGCCCUGAGUAAACAUGCCAAUGCCCUUCAAAUGGCAUUAGAAGAUUCAGAACAAAAGCAACAUCUUCUACAUACCAUCUAUUCACAACUGGAUGAGUUAUCAGUAAUCUUUGAAACAGAAAAUAUAGUGCAACAGAUAAAUGAAGUAAAUGGUCAAGUAACAUCUUUACAGCAAAAGAUAGUGGAAAUUCUUCCACAGAUCCAGCACAUGGCUGAUGAGGUGGAUGCCAUUGAAUCUGAAGUGAAAGUGAUAGGGAAGGAUGUUGCCAAAAUUAAGACGAUCUUGUCAACAGAAGAUAUAUUAGAUUUUUCUCCUAAGGAGCAUCUUAGACAUGGACAGGUUAUACUUGGCCACAUCAGUCCCUUGCAGAAGACCCUUACUGAGAUACAGGGCUACGAAGGUCUGAAGUUACGAGGAAUGAGAAUGCAACCUCUCUCAGUCUUCAAAAGAACAGCCCAACUUCUGAAAGAACUGAAAAUGUUAGAAAAAAUUACCAAGGAACAAAAUGAGCUCCUGGAGUCAAUCAUAAAAGAGACAGAUGAAUGCGAACAAGAAAUUGAAAAGUUGAAGCAGUUCUUAAAGAACCAGUUGGGUGAACUGUCAUAUGAAAAACCAUUGUUUCCUCAGACUGCUUCCUGUCCAGAGGGGGAAAUGGAAGACAUAAAAGAGCAGAUCAUCAAACUGUGCCAGAAAAAAGAAGACAUCCUUAGGAGUAUGAAGAGUUCAAUGCUGGAACUCCACCAGCACUUACAGCAAGAACAACCUGAAUCAGAGGAUGAACUUUCUGUGCCUCUGUCACCCGAGGAAACUGGCUUGGUUGGGAAAGAUGCCUCCGAACGGCAGUUGAAAAAGAAAGGAUCAUUGUCGCUCCUACCAUCUUUAGUUGAAGAAACAGAAGACAGUUCAUUCCACAGUGAAGAUGCUGAUGUGUUAAUAGAAUCAUGUGAUAAACAUGGCAAGGAAACAUCUUUUCAAGUUUCACAGAAAGCUGGAAGUGAUGAAGACUCUGCUACAGACCUUAGUAAUUGGGCAGUGGGUGACACGCCUUCUUCUCACACAAAUACUGGCCAGUGCUUUCAGAACAAACCAGGAGAUUCAAAGGAAACAGUGGGUAGUAAAAGGCCCGAGCCUGAAAAGAUCCUCCAUGUCUGCCAGGUACAGGUUGCUGAGCUGGAGCUGUGGCUAGACAAAGCUAAAGUGUCUCUGGAAUCAGAAACCCAGACCCCAGAAAUGCAGCAGAUGGUGGAACAGCAGCUUGCUGAUUGCCAGGUUAUGUUAUCAGAGAUUGAACAAAAGGUCGCUUCUUUAUUGGAGGAUUGCAGAGACAGGCAGCCAGAAGAUCAUGCAGGCCCUGAGAAGGAGGCAGAGGCCCUUUCCUUGAAGCUCAAGGAUGUGAAGUGCAAUUUGGAAAAAGUCCAGGUGAUGCUUCAGGACAAAUACAAUGAAGAACAGCUCAACAACAGUGAAAGGAUCCCUUCAGAACAUCUUCAGCCUGGCAGCUCCAAAGUAUCCAACCUCCUUACCGCUGAUGCACCACCAUCCAGCAGGCAUAACCGUUUGCAGCAGCCUCGGGACCUGCCAUUAAAACCAACUGAGCAAAAUAAUCUUGUCGACUUCAUCGAAUUUUAUGUAGAAAAAAUGCAGCCAUGCAUUGAUGACAGCACUACUCAGAAAUUAGAGUCAAGCAGUGACAUAUCUAUCCCAAGGAGUGAGUUUGCUGGUCCAUUUUUAAAGGACCAAACUGGUGAUAAGUGGCAAUAUUUACAACAGGAGCUGUCUUCUAUGAUGAAGUCUCCUCUGUGUCAGCUUGCUGACCCUCAGAUUACAACAAAACAGAAUAUUCUGCCCAGAGGUGCUGUAUGUGGUAUUGGAAUCCCAACUGUCAAGGAACUGAGAACCUACACCAUGCAGCUUGGAGAUCUAAGCCAAGAAGCAAAUGUUGUGCAGACACAGGAGAAUGGGGCUGGGGAAGCUUCCUUAAAUUUGGACAAAAAGCUCUUUGAGCUGCUUUUGGCAAUCAGUCGAUGUUUGUCCAACAUGGAAGAGAUGUUAAACACAUGCGUGCUCUCCAAUGAAGAGGCUGCUGUGCAGCAGGGACUGUAUGAGACUCUGUCUCUAGAGCUGCAAAAACUUCACACAGAUAUCAGAGAUAAAAAGGACGAUCUUUUAAAGUCUAUUACCUGUGCCGAUGGGAGCGCUGAUGUGUUCUUUGAGUGCUUUAACAACUUGCAAGCCCGGCUGGAACUAACUCAAACUGCUGCUGCUUCUAGAAGCAAAUCAAUGAAAGCUGGUCUGGAUCAGAGUAGUAAUUAUCAGAAUGAAAUCAGGCUGUUGUAUGAUCAGUUAAUUGAGAAAAAAUCUACUCUGCAACAAACCUUGAAUGCAAUACGUGGGCAUAAUGUUGCUGAACAGCUUCAGAAAACUGAUACAUAUGUGUUGGAGCUACACAACUAUGAGGCCCAAAUAGCAAAACUGAGAGAUCAUGGGGAGAGAUUUCAGUUACCUGUUGCUCUGAUCCAUGAAGUUGAUAAAUUAGAGGAUGUUAUGAAUGACAUCUGGGGGGUUCUGAGAGCCAAGUAUGCGGAACUAAACUCUCCUUUUAUCAGCGAGAGCCAAUACGAAGGCUUGAUUCGUGGGCUGGCAGAAUUGGUAGACAUUGGACGAGAGAAGCUUGCUCAGGACCCAAAGCAGCUCGCCAAAAGUAGAGCUACCUUACAGUCUCACCUGCAAAAUCACAAGGGCUUUUUUCACAAGCUCAUCGCUCAUGUGCAUGUCAUGCAAUCGUAUUCCAAGAAGAUGGCUCCUGCUACAUUACAAAAGAAAGAGAAAUUCUGGACUGAGCUGGUGGAAGAUGUCAGAUUGCUGGAACAAAAGGCUUCCCAAUAUGGCAUACGCAUAGAGAGUUUAUUAAAGGAAUGGACAGAAUUUGAUGAGUACUCUGUACCUUUCAACAAAGAAUUAGAGGCACUUGCUUCUGCAGUGCCUUCUGUGAAUUUGGUAGAAGAGACUGAAGAAAGAUUAAUGGAGAGGAUUACACUUCUCCAGCAAACCAAAAGAAACAUUGAUGAAAAACAUGCCAGACUUUACCAGAUGGUGAAAGAAGGGAAGAAAUUGAUGACUGUUGUGAGCUGUCCUGAAUUAGUAAACCAAAUUGGGAAACUAGAAGAACUGUGGUUGUCCUUAACCAAAAAAGUUGGCCAUGAGCUGCACAGACUUCAAACAUUACUCAAACUCUUGGUCAGCUACAAUAGAGACUCAGACAAGUUAAACAAAUGGUUGGAAUCUGCUCAGCAGAGAAUGAAUUUUUGGAAGGAGCAGUCUCUCAAUGUGUCACAGGACCUACAUACUGUCAGAAACAAUAUAGACAACUUGUUUUUAUUUUCUAAGGAAGUAGAUGAAAAAUCAUCCUUGAAGUCAUCUGUCAUAAGCACUGGCAACCAGCUUCUUCAUGUGAAACAAAUGGAUGCUGCACUGCUUAGAUCAUCUUUGGCACAGUUUGAGCAAAAAUGGGCAGAAUUGAUCACUCAGUUCCCAACCAUCCAAGAAAAACUUCACCAGCUUCAGAUGGAAAAGCUUCCGUCUCGUGAGGCCAUCACAGAAAUAAUGGCAUGGCUGAGCCAUGUGGAACAACAAAAAGAAGAUGAUGAGGCCACUGUAAAUUUGCAAAGUAACACAUCCCAAGUCAAAAAUCUUCUUCAGAAAUAUAAGGAAUACAUGAUGGAGAUGAACUUUAAACAGUGGACAGUUGAUUUUGUUAACCAGUCGCUGUUGCAGAUCAGCACUUGCGAUGUAGAAAGCAAGCGCUAUGAAAGGACAGAAUUUGCAGAGCAUCUUGGUGAGAUGAACUUGCAGUGGCACAGGCUGCAAGGGUCUCUGAACAGAAAGAUACAAGAUUUGGAACAUAUUUUGGAAAUUGUCACUGAAAAUGAAAACAAAGCACAAACUCUGAGCAGCUGGCUGGAAGCACAAGGCGAGAGGCUGAAAUCUUUGGAAAAGCCAGCGAGUCUAAUCUCAGUACAGAACACACUGGAAGACUGUAAGGAACUAGAAAAUCAGCUUGCAAUUAAAUCCAAAGCUCUUGAUCAGCUAAAGCAGAAUUAUGUGGCUUUGGAAGAUGGUGCAAAACAAACCUCAGAAGAUAUGGCUGUCAGAAUGGAUAAGCUGGAUGAAAUGAGGAAUAGUGUCAUCAGUCAGGUAGCACAGUUAAAAACCUCAAUGCAGUCAGUAUUACAGCAAUGGAUAAUUUAUGACGAAGCCUAUGAAGAAGUUAACCUGAUGAUAAUAAGCUCUCUGUAUUGCCUAGAACAAUGCAAACCUUCUGUAAUAUCGCUGGAAGCUUUGAAAGGCCAGGUGAAGACUCUACAGUCUCUUCAAGACAAAGCAGAGAAGAGUGAAGAAAGCUGGGCCAAGCUCCAGGCUUCUGCUGCUAACCUCAAGAAAUACUGUUGUUCCUCAUUUGCAGAGAUUAUUGAUCUUAAAUGCAAGGAGGCACAUACAAGAUGGACUCUGGCAAAUGAAGAAGUCACUGAUGAGCUACAGACAGCACAAGCUUUGUUAUUGCUUUGGGAGUCGUAUGAUGGGUUAUACACUGAGGCAGCACUGAGGUUAGAACAACAAGAAGAUCAGUGUCAUCAGCUCUUGGGAACUCACUUACCUGAAGACAACAUGGUGGAAGCCCUGAAGCAGAAGAUACAGGAUGUGAAGAUACUACAACAAGGCCUUCAAACCAUAAAGGGAAGCUUUCUCCAGGUUUCUGAGUUGACAGACCAGAUAGCCCAACAGGUUAAUGCAGCUACACAAGCAGUUCUCUCAGAGAAGUUGCAUCCUCUCAAAAGGAUAGCUUAUUUGGAAAAGAUGUUGCAGAUGAAAUCGGAUGAAUUUGAGUUCAACCUUUUACAAUUGAUGGAUUUCAGUAAUUGUCUGGGCACAGUGGAAGCUCGAAUUAAGACACCUAUAGAAGUUUUGGAUAAGUUGUAUCUACAGAGAAAAGAAGACGACUCAGAAUUACUCAUGAGCCACAUGUUGGAGCUCACUGCAAUGUCUCCUGACAUUGAGAAUCUGAAUGAAGUGAGCUUUAGGCUACCACUCAGUGAUUUCACUGUGAAGAAACUACAGAACCUGAAUCGACAGUGGGCUCAGAAGACAGCAACAGCCCUGGAGCAUUGCAGUGAAUUUGAGGGAAUUCAAUCGGAUGAAAAGAAAUUUCUUCAGAAAUGUGAAAACUGGAUACAAUUUCUAGAAAAGAUGAAAGAGGGUUUAAAAGUGAAUAUUGCUGGCAGAUUUGAAAAGCUUCAGGAACAACAGAGAAUAUAUGAGAUGCUGCAAGCGGAGAUUUCUGUAAAUCAGCAGAUUUUUAAUUCUAUCAUAUCCAAAGCAUUACUUUUACUGGAAACAGGAGAAGCAGAAAAAAGAACUGAGUUUAUUUCCAAACUCACAUUGCUGAAGGAGCAGUGGCAGAGUGUUAUCCGGAUGGUUCAGCAGAGGAAGAAAGAUAUCGAUGGACUUGUGAAGCAGUGGCAGCACUUCAGGGUUUCUCAACAGAAUCUCACAAAUUUUCUUACUUGUACAAAUAACUUAAUAGCUGCUGUGAGGAGCCAGGACAGCUACAGCCUUUACCAUCUUAGGAAUCUAAUUCAUGAUUUCAAGAACAAGGAAAUACUUCUUCAGAGAUGGCAAACCACAUUCUCCCUCACUCUUGAUACUGGGGAGAAGUUAUGUAAAGACUCAGACCUGGAGACCAAUGCUGUAAUACAAGAGGAACUCAUCCAGUUACAGGAGAAUUGGAAUGAUGCCCAGCUUCAAGUGGAGAUGAUCAUGAAACAGCUCCUCGGCACUGUGCAGACCUGGGACAGCUGUGAAAAGCUAAUCAAGGAAUUGGAAAGCAGGUUGCGAGAGCUUGAGGAAAAAGUAAAAGAUCCACUUCCAGAGGAACAUGAAGAGCUCUACAAAACCAAGGAACAUGUUAAGGAACUGGAGAAGUCACUUGCAGACUGGAAUCAAAACGUGAAAGAACUUGAUAAUAUGAAGGCAGACUUGGCUCAUUAUAUCCUUGCAGAAGAUGUGGUGCUGCUGAAGGAGCAAGUAGAGCAUUUGCACAGGAAAUGGGAAGAACUCUGCUUGCGAGUGUCUCUACAUAAGCAGGAGAUAGAGGAGAGACUCAAUGCGUGGAUUGUGUUCGAUGAAAAGAAUAAGGAGUUAUGUACAUGGCUGGUAGAGAUGGAAAGCAAAGUGUUACAGACUGCGGAUGUUAGCAUUGAAGAUGCGAUAGACAAAUUAAAAAAGGACUGUAUGGAAGAAAUAAACCUGUUAGGUGAAAAUAAACUUCAUCUGAAGCAAAUGGGUGAUCAGCUGAUCAAGACUAGCAACAAGAGCAAAGUCGCAGAAAUAGACGACAAACUCAAUAAAAUUAACAAUCGGUGGCAGCAUCUCUUUGAUGUCUUUGGAGGACGGCUGAAGAAAUUGGAAGGGACCUUUGCUGUCUCACAGACAUUAGACAAAAAUAUGAGUACCCUUCGCACCUGGUUGGCUCGCAUUGAGGCCGAGCUUUCCAAGCCUGUUGUGUAUGACAUCUGUGAUGAUCAAGAGAUCCAGAAAAGACUUGCUGAGCAGCAGGAUCUGCAACGCGACAUUGAGCAGCACAGUGAAGGGGUAGAAUCUGUGUUUAAUAUCUGUGAAAAGUUGCUGAGCGAUUCAGAUGCUUGCGCUAAUGAGACGGAAUGUGACUCCAUCCAGCAGACUACCAGGAGUCUGGACAGACGGUGGAGAAACAUUUGUUCUAUGUCUAUGGAGAGGCGAAUGAAAAUUGAGGAAACCUGGCGUCUGUGGCAGAAAUUUUUGGAUGACUAUUCUCGCUUUGAAGACUGGUUGAAAUCGGCCGAAAGGACAGCAGCUUAUCCCAACUCUUCCGAAGUUUUAUACACAAAUGCCAAAGAGGAGCUGAAGAAGUUUGAGGCAUUUCAACGACAAAUUCAUGAGCGACUCACUCAGCUGGAGCUAAUCAAUAAACAAUAUAGGCGGCUUGCCCGGGAGAAUCGUACAGAUUCAGCCAGCAAGCUGAAACAGAUGGUACAUGAAGGCAACCAGCGCUGGGACAAUCUCCAGAAACGGGUUGCUGCCAUUCUAAGACGACUGAAGUAUUUCACCAACCAGAGAGAUGAGUUUGAGGGAACAAGGGAAAGCAUUCUUGUGUGGCUCACAGAAAUGGACCUUCAGCUGACAAAUGUGGAACACUUCUCAGAGAGUAACUUUGAUGACAAAAUGCGGCAAUUAAACGGUUUCCAACAGGAAAUAACUCUAAACACCAAUAAGAUCGAUCAGCUAAUAGUUUUUGGAGAGCAGCUGAUUCAGAAGAGUGAGCCUUUGGAUGCUAUCCUGAUUGAAGAUGAGUUGGAGGAACUGCAUAGAUACUGUCAGGAAGUGUUUGGGCGAGUCUCUCGAUUCCACCAAAGACUGACUUCCAAGCAUCCUGGGAUAGAAGAUGACAAAGAUACAUCUGAAAAUGAGACAGAUGCAGAAGACUCAAGAGAAAUGCAAAAUGAUCCUUGGCAUAAGAAGGCAAUAAAUGAGGUGCCUUCAUCUCAGCAGUCCCUUUGCCAUCUUGUGUCCCCUGCACCAGCUCAUGAAAGGUCAGGCUGUGAGACCCCUGUCAGCGUUGACUCCAUCCCACUUGAAUGGGAUCACACAGGUGAUGUAGGGGGCAAUUCCUCUCAUGAGGAUGAAGAAGAAGGAACAUACUACAGUGCUCUCUCAGAUGUAGAAAUCACUGAAAAUCCUGAGGCAUAUCUUAAAAUGACCACAAAAACUUUGAAAGCAUCUUCUGGAAAAUCCAUUUCAGAAGCUCUUACAUGGCAUUCCCCGGAUAGCCCAGCCUGCAGAAAACAUCAGUACCACCAGGCAAAGAUGGUGAGAAAUGUGCGGUCUGGCAGCCCAGAGACAAGUACCCCAUAUAAGCCAGGCUAUGUUAAACCGCUAGUGUCUGUAAGCAGUGGGAGCACGGACAGUGUGAAAGAAGUAUCCGCUAUAUUGAGUGAUGAAGAGCCCCAAAAUGAACAGGGGCUUGUAAGCAUUGCAGCUGCAGAGGAGCUAUCAGGUACAGGUGUUAUUGAGAGAUGGGAGCUCAUACAAGCUCAGGACCUGAGAAAUAAACUUAGAAUGAAACAGAAUUUGCAGCAAUGGCAACAACUGAACUCUGAUCUCAGUGAUAUUACUGCUUGGCUGGAUAAAACUGAAGAAGAGCUGGAAGAAUUACAGAAAGCAAAGCCUGCAACCACUAUGCAUACAAUGGAACAAAGAAUAAAGAAACUGAAAGAAAUGCUUAAAGACUUCGAUAACUACAAGGCUUUAGUGUUCUCUGUUAAUCAGAGCAGCAAAGACUUCCAGCAAACAGAUAGCACUGAAUCCAAAGAGCUUCAAAACAGAGUUCGACAAGUGAAUUUGCGCUGGGAGAAAGUAUCUCAUUCAAUGGACAACUGGAGAAGGAGUUUACAACAAACCCUAAUGCAGUGCCAGGAUUUCCAUGAACUGAGUCAGAAACUACUCUUGGGACUAGCAAGUGCUGAAAGUCGAAGACAUAAUGCACAAUUCACUGAUCAAAAUGCUGACCCCCAUGCAAUACUGGAGUGCCAAAAAGAAUUAAUGCAACUGGAGAAAGAGCUGUUGGAACAACAGCUUCAAGUAAACGCUCUACAGGAAAUCUCCACUUACCUUCUGGUAGAAUCAGAUGGAGAAGAUUAUAUUGAAGCUAAUGAGAAAAUACAUGUAAUUGGAAAGAAACUGAAACAGCUUCUUGAACAGGUUUCACAGGACUUAAAAACUUCACAAGGAAAUGUGGACAUUAGUGCAUUUCUGACAGCAGCAGAUGACUUGGAUUCUGGAGAUUAUCAUCCAGUAGUAGUGAAAUCCAGCCUACAGGAAACGGUUGGUGUGAGGAGAACUUCAGAAGGCAAGAGCAACAGUGUCAGAAUGGAAAAUCAGCCUGAAACCACUCAAGCAGUUUCCAGCCCCCAAUCCUUCUUUUAUCGUGUAUUAAGAGCAGCUUUACCCCUGCAGUUCCUCUUCCUUUUGCUUCUGCUUCUGGCCUGCAUGAUCCCAUCCUCAGAGGAAGAUUACAGCUGCACACAAGUGAACAAUUUUGCCCGCUCUUUCUAUCCCAUGCUGAGAUAUAUCAAUGGACCUCCACCAACCUAGAAAGUGUCCCAUCACAAAAUAAGUUCUCUCAUGGGUGCUUAUUUUCAUGCUGCUUCUAUCAAACAGUACAUUCAUGUACUUAAAUAUAGAAAGUUCCAUAUUGUUUCACAUUUUGACCCUCGCUGCUGUGCUUUUCUGACGCACCUGUUUCCUGGGUGCCACGGCAAGAGUUUGUGUACUACCACUGAAAUAUAAGUGAGGCAUUAUUUAAAUGGCCUCCUUCCAAUGCAUAGCAAGGAAGGGAACAUUUUAAACCUCACAAGAUCUUUUCAGAAUUUCAGGGUUUUUUGUGGGUAAUACAGCAUUAAUUGUUUGUACAGAAAAUGAACUUUUUCUAUAGAUUUUUUUUAAACUCUAAACAACAUACUUUGAUGCCCUAAAUACAAGCAUUUUAUAAAUACAGUCCUCAUAACUUGGAAGGUCCACAGAACACAGGCUGACAGACUAAUAAUGGGACAUUAGUUACAGACACUAUGGUAAUGCAAUGUUAAGCUUGCUAUUGUCAUAUUAAACCAUGGCAACAAUUUGCAUCUUUGGGUACUGUAGUAAACAGACAGAUUUAAAUCUGAUAUUUUUGUUAUACUAUACUUUAUUCAUACAACACUUUCAGUGAAAACGCUACAUAUUUUAUGUGCGAAGAGUUAGGACUGCUGUGUUGUAGUUGGAUGUGUCUUUUUUAUACUAUGUUUUAAAUAAUAAUUGAUUAUAUUGCAUGGAAGUGGUUAAUAUUGUGCAUAUUUUCUAAAUGAAAAUAAUUAUGAUGUGGAUUAUACACUAUAUGUAUACAUAUGUAAACUGACUUUUUAAUCAAAGAUUUUUGGUUUAAUAAUCUCAAUAAUGUACAGUAUGCCAGGAGAUUUUUAUAAGUUAACUUUAAGAGUCUUCAUAUUUAAAGUGAAGCUAAAACUUCAGGUGAUGUGAGAAAAAGUUUUAGUAGAAUGAUAUUUGGUGGAGGCCCAGUAAACAUUUUUCUCAUUAAAAUUCUGCCGAUGGUUGCAGUGACUGAA